GGCCGCCUUGUCUCGUACGAGGAGGCGCGCGACGCUGGUGCCCUCCGCUUCUGCGACACCGUCGAGUCGGCGGUGGCUUUCGCAGCCGGCCUCCCCGUCAUGUUUGUCUCGCACCAGUGGCUCUCUCGCCACCACCCGGACCCCAAGGCGCAGCACUACCCAGCCAUCCUCGAGGCGGCCGAGGCGCUUUGCGCGAGGCAAGGCCUCGACCCCGAGUCGCUCCAUAUCUGGCUCGACUACCACUCGAUACCACAGGAGAACACGACGACCAAGCGGCUCGCGAUCGGCUCGAUCGCCCUCUACGCCGCCUGCUCGCACUACUUCCUCGCCUGCGCUCCCGAGGCGCUCCACCAGGACUCGCGCCCGCCCUGCAAGGUCGACGCGGACACGUACUUGCAGCGCGGGUGGUGCCGACUCGAGCAGUGGGCGUUCAUGGCCAUCAACGGGUCGGCGCAGAUGUACGUCUUUGACUCCUCCCUCUCCCAGCUCUCGUCCCGCCGGCGGUGGAUCGAGGAGUCGGUCAACGUGUUCAACGGCCACUUUACGCACGAGGCGGACAAGGCCCUCCUCGUCGACGUCGUGCUCGGCCUGUAUGGCCUCGCCGUCAUCGCCGCGCUCGACCCGAGCGUCGCCGCGGGCAGACACCUCUCGCGCGGAAAGGGGCCGCAGCACGUACCGCAGCAGGCCUCGCCGCCGCUCGCCGGCCCGCAGCUCAUCGAGCUGAUUGCAGAGCGCCGCGGGCUCAUCUUCCCGCGACAGCACUUUGGAGAUCUCGUCGACCGGCUGGAAGCGGAGUUGGAGUGGGGGGCCCGAGAGUCGGAGUGCUUGGCGCGAGAGUCGACUUCACCGUCGACGACCUAUCGCGCAGCACGCACCGCGCGGCGGACUCUGGACCACACUGGGUCCCCCUCCCACCGCACGUGUAGCGUGUGACUCGUGAGACACGCUGCGACCGCGACGUGCGCAAACCCUCCUUCCGUUCCGUGACGUGUACUCGAUCGAGUAUGUGGAUCUUUAGCUCGAGUAGCUCGUCUUGAUGCACCUCGGUCACCAAGCCGCUCACCCAGCCUUGCCGUGCAUAGCCCUAGUCUGGCCGGUUUCUUUGUCAGAUCGACACGAAAUAGAACGAGAUAGAAUGAGA